AUGACAGAAUCGUUUUCAAUACCCACAACUGAUCUAGAUUAUUGCUUGGUCCAAUUAUUUGAACAUAAACCACCAAAAUUAUUACCGCCAGAAAGCAUCCAGCAAUUAUGCCAUACAUUAAAGAUACAAUUAUUGUCAGUACCCAAUAUAAUGGAACUACAGUCGCCAAUAACUAUAGUAGGCGACAUACACGGGCAAUAUCAUGAUUUAUUGGAAAUUUUUCAAAUCGGUGGAUCACCACCGAACACGAACUAUUUAUUUCUUGGAGAUUAUGUGGAUAGAGGCUAUUAUUCAGUAGAGACGAUAUUAUUAUUAAUAGUGUUGAAACUCCGAUACCCAGAUAGGAUAUCUUUAAUACGGGGAAAUCAUGAAUCGAGAACCAUUACGACGAAUUAUGGUUUCUAUUCGGAAGUUUUAAAUAAAUACGGUGGAUCCGUAGAUGUUUGGUUGUAUAUUACAGAUUUGUUUGAUUAUUUGCCACUAGGAGCAACUAUAGAUGGAAAAAUUUUCACCACUCAUGGAGGCUUGUCACCAAGUUGUCAACAAUUAGAUCAGGUUAGAGCCAUCGAUAGAUUUAAAGAAAUACCCCAUGAUGGAAUAAUGGCAGAUUUGGUCUGGUCAGAUCCAGACCCUGAAAUAAUGGAUUUCAAAUUAUCACCAAGAGGAGCAGGAUACCUUUUCGGGUUCGAUGUUAUAGAAAAAUUCUGCAAUGAUAAUGAUUUGGUUCAAUUGGUUCGGGCUCAUCAAUUAUGUAACGAAGGCUACGUAAGCUACUGGAAGGGGAAAUGUUUGACCGUAUGGUCGGCUCCAAACUACUGUUACAGGUGUGGAAAUAAGGCUAGUGUGCUAGAAGUACUCCAUUCAAACUACCUGUCUAAGAACAAUAACAGCAACAACGAGAAGGACCCCUACAAUAAAAGCUUGGGAGUCAUCAACGGUGUAUUGCCAGGUCAGUUCUUCAAUGUUUUCGAUGCAUCUCCUGAAAAUGACGAGGAUACAAUUAGUGGGAAAGGUAUCAAUGGAGAUUGGAUUAAUGGUAACGAUUCAUUCGGCGACUUUUAUAACGGAAGAUCUCGAACCCAACAACACGUAGAGUAUUUUUUAUGA